GGAAACAGCAACUGUCCACUAAAGACACUGGUAUUAAGGAGUUUGACAUAGCUGAUAUGUCUAAAGCCAGGAUGGUGCUGCUGGCUCGCUGCGAAGGGCGCUGCAGCCAGACGUCACGCUCUUCUUCGCGCCCAGCCCGGAAGCACCCUUCCCCCCCCCCCUGCCACUGCUGCCGGCCCCAGACCUCCAAGCUGAAGGCCAUGAGGUUACGAUGCUCGGGUGGCAUGCGGCUCACUGCCACCUACCGCUACAUCCUCUCCUGCCACUGCGAGGAGUGCAACUCCUAG